UAGCAACCAAUCACGACCAGCUUUAGAAAACUCGGGCAGUGGAAGUGGAUGUAAAUAUUGUCUCUGAAUGAUGCUGGAAAGUAAACAUAGUUAGCAAGAGUUACAAGUUUAAUAAGGAUGGCAAGUCGAUCUGGCAUAAAGUCCAGUACCAUCAGUAUGGCUGAUGAGUUUGAUGCCUCUGGGUGGGCCCAGAUCCACCAGGCUGCCAACAGGGGCUACCUUAAAUCCAUACAGUUCUUUGUCAAAGAUGACCCCUCUCUUCUGGAACUGGAGACCACAGAUGGAAAGAAUCUCACACCAUUUUUGUGUGCAGUGGAAGGAGGGAAAAUCGAAGCUGUCCAUCAGAUGAUAGAGCUGGGCUCGAAGAUCAAUGCCAUAGAUUCUCAGAAUCAUGGAGCAGUGGAAAUAUGUGCUAUGAAGGGUUUCAUAGAUCUACUGAAUUAUUUCAUAGAGAAAGAUUUUGAAAAGAUUCCAGUAUGGAAGAAUUUGUUGAGGUUUGUUUCAUCAGAGAGUGAUGAAGAAGCAGAAGCUGCUGGAAAGUCUCUGCGAACUUUGACCCAGGGUAGUCAAGCAGACGGCAUCAGUCCAAACUGGAAGCCAUUUUAUGACCAUGGUGGAGUUCCAAUUAUAAUUAAGGUUGCCAAGUCCACAAUCUCAGAGGAGGCAAAAAUUCCUGCUUUCCAGACCCUGCUGAACAUCAUAGAAAGGGAAGAGGUCAAAGAGCAAGUGUUAAGUUCUGGCGGAGUUCCUACGUACAUCAAACUUUUGAAGUCCACAAACCAUCACCUGAUUCAACUCUCAGCAGAAAUCCUAAAGGAAAUGGCAACAGUCAAAGUUUAUGCUGAGGCAAUAUCACAGAAUAAUGGGGUGCAGAGCUUGAUCAAGGCAAUGCAGACAAUUCACAAUCCAGAGGUACUGGUCCAGAUAAUAGACUGUUUGGGUAACAUUGCAGAGCAUGAAAAGAAAUACCAGGACCUGGUUGGACAGCAGCAGGGAUGUGUACAAACCAUAGUGCAGCUACUGGAAGACCAGAAAGACAAGGACUUCCUAAAUUCCGCCUGCAGAACAAUUGGUAAGAUCUCUUAUGACAAUGAGGUCAACCAGAACAGUUUUGUGGAUGCGGGAGUUAUUCCUCACGUGCUGGCAGUUACACGCCUCAGAAACAAAGACAUUCAAGUGACGGCUGUGGAGAGUAUUCGUAAAAUGGCAGCAAACAAUCCAUACUCACAAAAGCACAUGCUGUCUGACCAAGUGCAAGAACUCCUCCUGAAGCUGCUGGGCACCACCCGUGCUGAAGUUGUGAAGGAAAAGACUGCAUUAGCCUUGUGGGCCAUUGCAGGGAGAGAGUUUGAUGUAAAACGGUUCAUAGCUGAACGCAUGGAUGUAGGGACACUCGUAGAAUUUAUCAACAGCAUGUCUGAAGACUUGAAUUUUAUUGGUUCAGAAGGACUUGGGGUCCUAGCACAGGGUCCACUUAGCUAUCAAAGUGACAUAGCCAAUGCUAAUGGUAUAGCUCCUCUUGGUCGACUUAUACGAUCAGAAAAGGAGUACAUUGUGUUAAGUGUGAUUCGUGCCAUCAGAUUUUUGUGUGUUGGAGUGGGGUAUGUGCCACAUAAGAAAAAUCAAAAUACCAUUAUGACCAUCCGAGGAAUCAAGCUGAUUGUGGCUCUUAUGGUGCAUUCUAGAAAUCAGAUGAUCCAGGUGGAGUCGGCUUUAACAUUAGCAUGUGUUUCACUAGGUAACCAGGCAAUACUAGAGGACAUCCAUUCUAACAUAGAUUUUAGUUAUGUAAGGAUCCUAAAGAUGAUGUAUUCCAUGGACCCCGAUGUCCGUCUCCUCGCUGGACUAGCCCUUGCCACCUUCGCAUACAACAACGUGAACCAGCAGAAAGAGAUUGCAGACCAGGGCGGAGUCCGAUUUAACUGCUUCUGUCCAUUUUUACAGUCUCCUGAUGAAUAUUAUAGAUGUUUGGCAGCUUUCCAGGUGGUAGUCCUAGCAAGAAUUAUCCCUGAUGAGGAGCAGGCCUUGUCCUCAGCAGCAGGAAUCAAACUUUUGGUCGACCUCCUCCAGGAUUCCUCCUCAAGCGAGACCCUGACAUUGGCUGCUGACUGCAUCGCUAGGCUGGCUCACACAAGGGCAGGUGUGCCAGCUGCCAUGAUUUCCAUCAAUGUGAUAGAACAUCUGUGUAAGCUGCUGGUGUCCCCAGCAGAACAAGUAAGGGGAUCAGCCGCUAUUGCUUUAGGGUACCUCUCUUACAAUCACAAUGGGGAACGACAACUUCUCAACAAGUGCCGUAAUGACCCAUACCUGAUGAGGAUACUGCUUCACUAUACUAAAAGAAGCAAAAUUAGCCCCGCUUUUCUGGAGGCAUGGCAACACUACAAAAAAGUGGGACUCCCACCCAUUCCUGAGGGAAGAACAAACUUGAUAGGAAAUCGUCCAAUGGGAAUCGAUGAUAAUCGCCCAGUCACAUUCAUCAGUUUUGGGGACGAAAGUAACACAAGGAGUUCCACAUCAAACAUUGGUGGAGAGGACGGUCGAUUGACUGGAAGAUCUUCACGAGCCUCGGGGUCACGUCAGGCCACCACACCCAGGCAGUCAGGGACACCACUGAAUUCUGGGACACCCCUCAAUGCCAGUCAGAUUUCCUUAGACUCCCAGCAUUCCUCACGUUCUCUACAUCCUGUCCCAGCAGAGGGAGAAAGCUAAUGUUAUCUGUUUACAAAGGAAACUUUGGUAUUAUCUUCAAAAGGAACAUGCAUGUUUUUCACUAGUCAUUUAUACAGAUUUGCUAUGAGGAUUUAUGCUUACAAAUGAAUAUAACCAUUUUUUUUGUCUUUAAAAUAUUUUGUGAAUUGUGAUGUACUGUAUGAUUGGAGCAUGGAUGAUUGAUUAGAUAUAUACUUUAUACGUUAUGUACCUUUCAUGUACAUAUUUUCUUUUUCUUUCCAUAAUCAGUGAAUUAAUUUAUUGAGCCGUGUUUAACCUGAAUCAUUUUGCACUUAAGCUGUUAUUUAACUAAUUUGGUUUUUGUACAGCAAUAUAGUCAGAGCUAGGAUAUCUACUUCUUGAAGUCAUAAGUAAGAAAAAGAACAUAUAAAGAUGUUCAUAUUAAUUGUGAGGGAGAACUUUUAAAUUAUCAUCAUACAUAUAAAUUGCUAUGAGUAAUCUUUGAAUUUAGUGCAAUGAACAGCAGCAUCUUUUAACAUGUUACAUGUAUUAGGGAACAGGCAUUAUAGCUUAUAUUUUUUACUUGUAUAUUUUCCUAACAUCAGAUGUUAGUGUGACAUUUUUUAAUCCACUAAAUCUGAACUUUUGAAGUAUUCUAGGGUUUGUCAGUUGUUGUGUGGUGUUAAUGCUGAUAUAGUUUUACUAGAAGUGUGUUAUAGCAUAUUAGUUUACUGUCAUGCAAAACUGUAUGGCAUAUUACAAGCAUAUCUGUGAUAUAUACCAGUAACUUAAGUUUGGUUUGGGUUUGGAUUUUUCUUCUGACAAUCUACUUUAUUUCAAUAUAUCUAAUAUUAACUUCACAACUUAAACAUGAAUAGUUCUAACACACACUUAAUGUGCAUCCAGUCGAUCAUUCCAUAAGUUCCUCCAGUUACCUUCCUUCAAUCUGUGAACAUGAAGUAAGAUGUCUUCAUAAUUUUGAAAGUACUGUCCAUUAUGGUUUGAUACACUGUAGUUAAUAGGUUUUGAUAUGGUUUGAUAGUCUGUAUAAAUUUUGUUUUAAUGUUGUUCUUUUGCUGUUCAUACAUCUAACUUACAUUUAUUACUACAUGUACUUACAAUGUGCCAAAUGAUGACAAACUUUACAAAAGUGACCCCCCUCCCUUAUGUUUGAAAAAAACUUAAUGUGAUACAAAGUGCAUGUGUAAAUAAGACAUACAACCAUCAUCUGUUUAUUUCUUUAUUAUGAUUUUCUAGUUUUUUGUUUGUGAUGGGAUUCACUGAUGCUUUAUAUUUUUACUCAUCUAAGACUAUGUACAUAAUUAAUAUAAUACUUCCAUUUUUCGUACCAAAGAACUAUAUACGGUAAGGGCGUAUUCCUGCCCCCAUAAUAGUCAAAUUUUGAAAAUCUCUUGAAAUGAGAAAAAGUGCAUAUAUUGUAUAAAAUAAUCCAAAUUAAGACAAUAUAUUAUGAAAUUGGAAAAAUUAGUUGGCUUUUCUUGUCUCUGUGACGUCACAAACUAUUUGGAUUUCCGUUAUUUUUAAAAUAGAGGCCAAAAUGCACAGAGUUUGUUCAAUUUUGACUAUAGUAUUUAUAGAGCGCAAGCCUGCUCAGGUGCCAUAUUCACAUAUUUCAUUGAUAUUAUCAUUCUACACAUUAUAUCAAAAGAUCUAGUCUGAGCAGACCUGCGCUCGGUAAUUUCCAAUCAAAAUACCGACGUAAAAUACGCUAUUUUCUCUCAAAAUCAUUGCAAUUUGGAAUUUACGUCAUUUUAUUGACGUCAUAUCUAACUAAUGAUGUCAUAGUUGAUAAAAGUACUUAAUGCUUUGAAGUCUGUAGAAUAUCCACUGGUUUAGAACAUAAUUAAAGACUUCUCCAUCAAAGUUUUAUUUUGGGGGCAGAUACUGGCCACUACAGAAUAUAGUCCUUUAUCGUGUUUUUUUGUGUGUUUGUUAGGGUUUCAAUGAUGCUUUAUUUUUGUACUUGUUAAAGUAAAAAUGAUACAUGUAUUUAUAUUUUGUGUUAAGUAUAAAUGUUCUGAUCUUCUUAAUACACUCAGUGGUCAGUGUUUGCCAAUGUGUUGUGUAUUUUAUCAAAUUGUUUUAACAAUAUAUAUCUAAUUUAACUUGGACUGUCAUGGUGUCACUAUUUUUCAUCACUUAAAAAAAUCCAUUUUUACAAAACUGUCACUUUUCCCUGUUUUAUAU